UGCUUUUAUAAAAUAUUGGGACUCCUAUGACAAACCUUCUUCCAUGCAGGUUCACCAGUUACUCACAGUAAUGCAAGGGUUCUGAUCAUUUCAUUUCUCUCAUUUUCGUCACUCCUCCGUUUCUAUCUAUAUCUCAGCCAUGAAGAGGGAGCUAAAAUGAAUGAUUCAGAGGUGACUGACUUCAUUCUGCUGGGAUUUAGAGCUCCCCCCGAACUGCAGCUUCUCUUAUUCUUGAUGUUCUUGAUGGUCUAUGUGGUCAUUGUGUUGGGAAACGUGAGCAUGAUAAUUGUCGUCAGGGGAGACACCAAGCUCCACACACCAAUGUAUUUCUUCCUUAGCAAUUUGUCUUACUUAGAUCUCUGCUACUCCACAGUCAUUGCUCCCAAGACAUUAGCCAACUUCUUGACCAAGGAAAAGAAGAUCUCAUACAAUGGCUGUGCAGCCCAGUUUUUCUUCUUCGCCCUGUUUGUCACAACAGAAGGCUUCCUCCUGGCCGUAAUGGCAUUUGAUCGAUUCUCGGCCAUUUGCUCCCCUCUGCUCUACCCAGUGCACAUGUCCCAGAAAGUCUGCGUUCGAUUGGUCACUGGAUCCUAUCUCUGCGGCUGCAUCAACUCUGUUGUGCAAACAGGCUUCACCUUUAGCCUGCGUUUCUGUGGAGAAAACAGGCUGGACCAUUUUUUCUGUGACGUCCCAGCCCUGAUCAAGAUCGCGUGCGUCGACCCCUUUGUGAAUGAGAUCGUGCUGUUUGUCCUCUCUGCGCUCAUCAUCAUCAGCACCACGGCCAUCAUCCUGGUUUCCUACGCUUACAUCCUCUGCACUGUGCUCAAGAUCCCCUCCACCCGCGGCAGGAGCAAGACCUUCUCCACCUGUGGCUCCCAUGUAGCCGUGGUGAGUUUAUUCUAUGGAACCGUCUUCUUCAUGUACGCCCAGCCUGGGGCCAUCUCUGCACCAGAGCAAAGCAAGAUCGUAGCUGUGUUCUACACACUUAUCAUACCAAUGCUAAACCCGCUCAUAUACAGUCUGAGAAACAAAGAUGUGAAAGACGCUGUGAAAAGGAUGGUAUGUAGAGGAGCAGGUGUUUAGCUCAGCAGUUGAUAAACUAUACCCCCGUAUCAAAUGCCUGAGUUGGAGUUCUGGCUCUAACUCCUGAGUCCAGCUUCUUGCUAUUACAGUACCCGGGAGAGAGCAGGAUAUGGCUCAAGUAGUUGGUUACCUGACACCCACAUGGUGUCAG